GGCACAAAACUGAUCGCUCUCUAAUGACAUUGAUUUGCUCUUACACUACAGUUUCCUCAACAACAAACAUCGACCAAGGAUACUUGUCGUCGUUUCUCAAAUCCAAAACCUCGCUUCACUCGAUUGGGCGUGUGCCUUGUCGUCGUCGUCGUCAUGGCGACGCUGCUAAGAAAACUGUGCGAAUCGGCGACGAUGAAGCGAUCCGGCUCUCACUCUCACCCUCACCCUCUCCCGUCCUCGGAACAAGCACGCCCAUCCUCCCCUCUUGGCGCCUUCGACCCUCUCCCUGCCGACAUCCUCAUGCAAAUCGUCCGCCUCUUAGGCCCCAAACACGCUGCCAGACUCUGCCUCGUUUCCAAGUCUUGGCGGUCACUCGUCUCCGACAACGCCCUCUGGGCCCACUUCCUCCAAACCCACCACCCCCACUCCCCGCUCUUCGCCGAAACCGCCCUCAGCUCCGGCUACCCUCUCCCGACCUUGCCUGCUCAGAAUUCACCACGUGUCUCGUUCCAGCAUGCUUACGCGCUGCGUGAACGAGUCCCUCCUUCUGUUGUCAUCGACGGGGGUUCUGGCUAUUGCAAAUUCGGUUGGAGCAAAGGGGCCUCUCCUUCGGGGAGAUUUGCUACUUUUUUGGAAUUUGGUAACGUUGAGACGCCUAUGUAUACUAGACUGCGACAUUUUUUCUCCACUAUCUAUAACAGGAUGCAGGUGAAACCAAGUUCUCAACCUGUUGUUGUUUCUAUACCAAUAUGCCACUAUGACGAUACCGAAUCAGCCAAAGCAUCAAGACAACAACUUAAAGAAGCAAUCUAUGUUGUCUUGUUUGACAUGAAUGUUCCUGCUGUAUGUGCUCUCAAUCAGGGUACUUUAGCUCUGUAUGCUGCAAAUCAAACAUCUGGGAUAGCUGUUAAUAUAGGCUUUCAAGUCACAUCUAUAGUUCCAAUUUUAAAUGGUAAAGUGAUGCGAAAGGUGGGUGUGGAGGUUGUGGGGCUGGGAGCACUAAAACUUACUGGAUUUCUUAGAGAACAAAUGCAACAAAACAACAUAAGUUUUGAAUCUUUGUACACUGUUCGCACACUGAAAGAGAAGCUAUGUUAUGUUGCUGUUGACUAUGAAGCUGAGCUUUUGAAAGAUACUCAAGCAUCAUUUGAAGCUGUAGAAGGGUUGUUUACACUCUCAAAAGAGCGGUUUCAAACAGGAGAGAUCUUAUUCCAGCCACGUCUUGCUGGGGUGCGAGCAAUGGGUUUGCAUCAGGCCAUCGCUCUUUGUGUGGAUCAUUGCUAUUCUGCAGAAUUGGCAGGCAACAACGAUUGGUAUAAGACUGUUGUCUUAUCAGGGGGAACUGCGUGUUUACCUGGUUUAGCAGAAAGGUUAGAAAAGGAACUCCAUUCAUUACUUCCUCCUUAUAUGUCCAAUGGAAUUAGAGUCAUACCUCCUCCAUUUGGUGUGGAUACUGCAUGGUUUGGUGGAAAGAUUAUUAGCAGUUUGAGCACCUUUCCUGGCCCGUGGUGUACAACGAAAAAGCAAUUCCGUCAGAAGUCUAAACUUAACCGCAUUUGGUGAUUACUCUGAUAUGGAUUUUCUUUUCUGUGUUGUAAAUUAUAUAACAGCAACAACUGUUUCAUAAUUUCCACUGCUGGGCAGCAACACUAAAGAAUCAAAUUUAGUUAUACUUGUGUUUUAGUAACAAUACUUGGAUACAUAACCUGUUGUGAUAAAAAAAAAGCCUUUUUAAGUAUCAAGUUUGUUUAGAAUAAAAGGGUACACAGCUUUCAAAAUGUAUUGUACUGUACCUGUGAAGAAAUUGUUAAUACAGUUUAAGAUUCAAUCCCAAGCUGAGGGCUUUUAUUUACUAGAAAUAAUACUGAGUUUGGAAUUCA